AUGUCGGAGCGAGCAGCAAGGCUUGGGGAGACCAUGACUUCCUCCUCUGGUCUAGAGCUGUGUAGCGAUGUGGAAGCACUCAACCAAAGGUUGACGGAGCUCAGGCAGGAAGUCAACAUGAUGAAAACUGAGCAACAGUAUGCCACCAAUAGAUUAAAGUUCCUUCAGCUUUGGGCGAUGAUGGUGUCUGUCGCUGGUGUCCUGGCGCUUGUGAAAGUGACCAACAGUAAUUCUCAAUCGAGAAUGGUAAGCACGGCAGCAGUCGCAGGUGUGAAUGCUUUGCCUCCAUACUACUUCAUGUCACUUGGCUGUGUGGUUGGCAGCACAGUUGAGUUGUUCAUCUUGGGCCCGCCUUCUAUGCGCAAGAAAGAGAGGCACUGGACAGUGCAGCUCGCCCGCACAGCAUUUCAGCUGUACCUGCUGGUGUCGUUUGUGUACAAUGCAUAUGUUGACGUUUCCAAGACUGUGGAGUUUGCGGAGCAAGAAUUCAAAUUGGAGCCCAAGAAAGCAGUCGCUGCGUUGAACAUCGUGCAGGCGUUGUUCCUUCAUGUGGCGACAGGCCGCAAUGUGGAUGAUGCAGUCAAGAACUAUGCGUUACUUGCGCUCACAUUGUGCAACCUCAACUUCAUCCGGGGGCAUGAUCGUGAGGUGUUCAGAGAUCAAUCAUGGCUUGAGCAGAAUAGAUCAGAAGCACGGGACCUUCUCAUUGAGGCCAAUGGCCCCAUCUUCCACGCUUGGUUUGUGCUUUCAACGCCAUAUGUUUACGUGUGUAUGGCCAUGGCAGGGUGCGCGGUUUUGCCAAUGCUAGCGAUUUAUGCUUGGGUGGCUUUCCCGAUUGCGGCUCUUUUCCUAGUCCUUGUGGUGAUGGUGAUCAAGAUCGUCACUUUUGCAAAGGGAAACCCACACCCGGACCCAGAAUACAAAGAAAUAGAGGAGACAUAUGUCAUGCCACUGGAGGAAUCAGAGGAAAAUUUCAGUCACAUGCAAUUCAUUGGUUCCCUGGUGCCCGGGCUGGGAAAAUGGGGCUGGUCCAGAUAUCACUAUGAGCGUUCUGUCUUCGAAAGCACAAAGGUGUGUUUCUCAGCAUUCAGAUACUAUUUGUUCAUGACGCUGGUUUGCGAGGUCGCAGCGUCAUUCUUUUUGACUGUGGCUAUCCGCUUGCUCAACACUGGAGACUACAUGGGUGCCCUGCUCGAAACAGCAGGGGAGCGGCAUUGGUACAGUUAUCUCGAGACGAUGCAACAGAGUGCUCUCCGCUGGAGGGACUUCAUAUGGCGUGUCCUUUAA